AGAGGACGUUGUGAGCACAUGGAAAAAGUGACCCGCAGCGCGACAGUCCAGAACAUGGAGCGAAUGUGACUAUUGGAAGACUUAUGAUUGCGCCUAUUGCCUUUCCUCACCGUUCAUUCAUUGCACGCUGCCUGCGCUUCCUCACGGUGUCGGCAGAUGGCGCUGUACAGCAUUCUGGCAUUUCAGGCGUCUUGUGACCAAGACAACGAGCGGGAAGUGUAGCGCGGAUGUUGAAGUGUGUGGAGAGCUGCCGGAACUGGAGGGAUGGAGCGCCCGCACUGCGGCAGGCAGGGCCCACAUAAGGCUGCCACAGCCAAACUGCCUCCCAGAGCUCCAACUGUGGCCCUUAGAGCCCCUGGGAACAUGAGGCCAGGUAAGAGCAGCCGUCCGGGACCGUACCGAGUGACCUACACCUGGAACCGCGGCGGGAGGCUGAAGGAACUGCGCAUCCGGCAUCUGGCCCGAAAGUUUCUCUACCUCUGGAUACAAAAAACUUUUGGAAGGGUCCUUCCAUCUACUGCAAGACGCCAUUAUUCUUUUCAACUAAUGCGUUACUGCUUUUCUCAGUGGAAGGAGGAGUGGUGGGCAUUGUGUAAAGAGUGGAGGCUCAAUGUCCGAGCUGAAUGCCAUUACAGGUAUACUCUCUACACAAUGUGCUUUAAGGCAUGGAGAAGCUUUGUGGCCACACAGAUUCAAACUAAAGUAAAGUAUCGUACUGCUCAACAGUUUGCUCAGAAGCGCAUCAUGAGCCUGGCAUUGCACCACUGGGUGAUAUAUGUUCACAUUUGUAGGACGAAAAGUCACAUGCUGUGUGACGCUGUGGAGUUCAGAGAGUAUAGGUUCAUGCGUAAUACUUGGUGCAUUUGGGUGGAACGGAUACAACAGAAGAGAAGAGUUCAUCAGAUGGAAACACUAGCGUUAAAGCACUGGGCUUUGAGUUUGCAGAUGAGGGCUUGGCUUCAAUGGAAAGAGUUGCAUUUUCUCAUUGAGGAAGAGAAGGUGAAAGAGCAGAAGGCAAUUAGACAUCACCAGUGCUGUAAACUACAGGCAGCAGUACGAGCUUGGAUGCUUUACUUGCAUUAUCGUCAGCAGAAAAAGCAGAAGUAUGCACUGUCCUUGUGCUUGUAUCGUGAACAUCUCACUCAGAGACACUUCAUGUUGUGGUUCCAUGAACUGGAGAAAGUCAGAAGAAUGCAAGCAAAACAUGGAUUCUGUGAAUCUUUGGCGCGACGCUUUAUUCUUCGAAGAAUGUUUGCCCACUGGAGGCACUACAUGGAGAUUAGUGCAGAAGAAGCAGACCAACAUAAAGUGGCUCAGGACCACUACAGAGUUCAUCUCAUGAAGUCUGGCUUUCAUGCUCUUAAGAAAAAUGUCCACCUUGUACGGUCUACACAGCAAAGGAAGCUGCGGGCUGCUCAUCAGUACCACUCUUCCUUGCUCCGCAGGUUCUGGAAUGCUUGGCAGUGUCAAAUGGAGCAGAAAGAGGAAGGCAGACUUUUAUCUCUUACAAAGACGGCACAUUCUCAUUACAGGUCAGUGGUACUGCAGAAGUGUUUCAGUUUCUGGAUACAAUACAAGCAGCAAUGUAAGAUCAAAAAGGUACUUGAUGCGGCAGCAGAAAGUCAUUAUGUUAAUUGCCUUUUGCCUCAAAGCUUCCAGACCUGGAGAGAACAAACCUAUAUAAAGCAGAAGUGCAGAGAAAUGGAAGAUCAAGCCACACAAUUUUACAGUUUUUGUGUACAGAGAAGAGUGCUCCUCACUUGGAGUAAGAAGCUGCAACAUCAACAGGACACUCGUUUAGCAGAGAGGAUGGCUAUUCUGCACUGCAAUUCGAGGUUGAUGGAACAAUACUGGCACACGUGGAAAAAUUGUCUCGCAGCUCUUUAUGCAGAACGUGAGGGGAUUAUGUUGGCCUCAGAACACUACUGCAGGAGACUGCUUUUUAUAGCAUUCCACACAUGGACUGAAUAUGUUGAAGAUAUAAAAGCAGAGCGCUCCAAAGAAGAAUCUGCUUUGUGUCACCACCAACAACUCUGUAAAAGGAAUGCUUGGAAUCAGUGGAGGCUGUUUGUAGUUUACAGACAUCAUAACCGGCAGACGCUUCAUUGUGCGGAUGUACACUAUCAGCAGCGGCUGCUCAGAAACAUUCUGUAUUCAUGGAAGCAUUACCAUAGGAAUAUCCAGAGUAUUUUGCAUCAGGUGGCCAGCAAAGAGAGGCAACAUAAAGAACGCAUCAUGCACGCUGCACUAAGCACUUGGAGGAAUCAAGCAGCUGCUCAAAUACAGGAAAGAAAGCAGACCGCCAUUGCUGAACAUCACCAUAGAAUUAUGAUACUGAAACAGGUUUUGCAAUCAUGGAGAGAGGCUGCAUAUAUCCAGGCAUGCAAUAGAGAACAAACCUCCAGCGAAGUAAAUGUGGCAAUUGGGUGCCUGCAGAAAGGGAAAGUCAGACACAUGUUCUUGUACUGGAAGGAACACAGUGAAACUAUGAAGGCAGAGCGACUGAAGAUGGAGAUUGCUGCAAAGCAUCAUGGAAGAAAAUUAUUGAUGAUUUGUCUUGAAAAGUGGAAAAUGUACCAUGCUUUGUGUUUAAGAAAAAUGCUUCUUCAGCGACAGCAGAUAAUCUUUUCUGGACACCGGCUAUGCCUAUAUCACCUGAGGAGAUGGCACCAGUUGCUGUUGGAGAAAAGGCAGCAGGAUAAACAGACGGUACAAGCCUUGUGGCACUGGUCUAUCAGCCUGCAGGGGAAGGUUUUUGACUAUUGGUUGGAAUAUGUUCACGAGUGUCGGAGAAAGAAACAGCGACUCGCCAAGGCAGUUGAGAUAUAUCGUACUGACCUUCUGCAAGAAGGAGUCAGAAGAAUUUUGCAUUUCAUGUCAGGAAUGAAGCAUUUCAGAUCUCAGUUGUCUACCCAAAAUCAGCUAAAGGAGGUGCAUAUACAGAAUCGGGCAGUACGUCGCUGUGCUAUGAUCUGGAAAGAGAAAGUUUUCAAGAAGUGUCCACAAACUCAGCAACAAAAGAAAGUGACCUUUCAAUUACCAGUGAUUGAUGUGCAGUCGCAGAAAGACUUGCGCUGCAACCCAGUUGCGUUUGUUACUAAUAAAGUUGGGCCUACACCUCUUCCUAGUGGGGAAGCUACCACGAGUACAGUACAUCCUUUACGAAGAGACCGACUAAAACCUCGGACCCCAGAUUUCUUGUUACAGUCACUGGAAAGAGAGGGUCUCCUUGGAACAGUAAUUGUGGAAGCAGGAAACAAAAUUGACUCCAGCACAAGGCACAAUACUAAGAGAGACUUUUCAUGUACGGAUAAUUCACCUGCACUGGAAAUGAAACCCACAGUCACAACUAGUGUUGAUAUUCCUCCUGCAGCUCUAUGCUCUUCUGUCCCUGAAGCCCCUCAAGUCGUUAGUUCCCACCAGGCACCAUCAGUUGCAGUAUUAACACCGCUUCCAUGGUUUACGCCAAGGAUUGAUGGACAGGUAGACACUAUUUUUGGGCUCUCCCUUCCUCAGCAGAAAACUUGUAUGUCUUAUCCAGCAGAGAAUCAGCUUACACAGUAUUCGCACUCUAAACAGUUUUCGGAUUAUUCCAGUCGGCUGCUAUCACCAAUUGACUUUUUACAGGGCUCAAAACCUGCACCAAACCUCCUCUUUACAGAAAAUUUUAAUCUGCAAGAGGAGAACAAAAAUUUAGUGACAAGAGGGACAGAGACAACUGCCCUAGAAAAGGAACUGUCUGAAAUUCAGCAUUUUCUGCAGCAAUACAGUCACCAGAAGCAGGAGCUAAGAACCUGGCACAAGCAUGCUCAAGUGUUAAGGGGGUGGUUGGAUGCUGUUGGCCUCAUUGUGGACCCUGAUGAACAAAUAACAGCCCAGGAAAUAAAGAACGAACUGCAACAGCUGGAAGAGCAGAUAGAAAAGCGUGAACAGAAAUUAAGUGGGGAGAAGCUGCACGUUCAGGACUCUGUCAGUCGUAUCCAGAAGAUUGCAGCAUCCAUGGAUUUAUCUACUCAGCCAAGAUGUAAUAAAUAAAUCAAUCAUA